UUAAAUUUGUACCUUGCACAAUUCUUUUUCUGGUUUCAAAAGAAUCAGAAAAUCUUUACUAGGAAAGAUUUUGAGGUCUGAAGCGGUGAUGGUUGGAGCAACAGUAGUUGUCUGCAACACACAAAGAUGACAACUUGCUACGGCCAAAGGACAGAGAAUAAGCCAAUAAAACCUGCCACUGUCAAGCAGAAUCACACAUGGAGUGGCAUGAAAACGGAAGAACACGAUGGUUGGAAUGCUCUGGAGUGCCUCAGAGGGAGAUUGCUAGCAGAGAGACAUGCUUCAAAGGUUGCCAAAGAACAAGCAGAAUCAUUGUGCAACAAGUUCAAUGAGCUGGAAAAGAAGCUUAAAGAAGAGAUAAAACUAAGAGACAAAGCAGAAAGAAAGCUUAAGCUUUUAAAGAAGAAGCUUGAAUGUUUCAAUGUGUCUACCUCAUCAUGGCAAAAAUGUCAUUCGGGUGAGAAAUGUGAACUCUUCUGCGGAUCAUCUUUAUGUAGUGCAGUUUCGUUAGAAAAUGGAGUUCGCAACCACAAUGCUGCACAAGAACAUGCAAUCGUUCAUACCCACAAUAGUCCAUUCACCCCCAAAGAUGGUGAUAUUUCUCUGUUAGCUGAUACUUCAAGUUGUAUUUCAGACCUCGGUAACUUUCUCCCUCAAAUACCAGGCUUUCACUUUCAAGCUCAAAAUCAUUGCGGAAAGGUUAUAAUUCUCAGGGUAGCAAUGAUUAUUAUGGCUCAAAUCCAAACUCUGCUCAAGCUUCACCUGAAAUUAUUAGUCAGAAUCCAAAUCCUAGAUUAUAAUAGCAGGUAUUACAUUAGAAAAUGUGGAGACAUUAUAUUAGAUGAGGUAGUUUUUGUCCUUCAAUUUAAUCUGCUUGUGUUGACUAAUUACCAAUUUUCAACUUAAGAUGUGUUUUGGCCUUUCUAGGUUUCUAGUUUAAGUUCAAAACCACCAUGGCACUGCCAUUAGUUGAUGUGACUUUUCAAGCAACUUUGUAAUAAGAAACCAUUGAAUUAAGAGUGUUUGAAGCCACAGAUGCAUAGAGAAGAAGUCCAACGAAAAAAGUUGGCACAAAUUAUGACUGCAUAUUGAGAUAUUAACAAGCAGUGUGCAUUUUGGAAUAGUGAAUGGUGUGAUAAGAUGAUUGGUGUGAGGCAUUUACAUUUUAAACUUGAACUUGUGAGCUUCAGC